UCUACAACUUGCAAGACAAAAUAUUCGACUACUCAACCUCCUUUUUCUUCGAAAUGGCCUCCCCCCACCACAAAUACCUCCAAUCGUGCCUCGCCCUAGCCGAGCAAUCCCCUCCACGCCCCACCAACUUCCGCGUCGGUGCCAUCCUCGUAUCGCGCAAAGCCCAAGACGACCUAUACUACGAAGAUGACCGCGUCCUUUCAACAGGCUACACUAUGGAGCUGGAAGGCAACACCCACGCCGAGCAAUGCUGUCUCUCCAAGUACGCCGCGGCGCAGGGCGUACCCGACGAGCGCGUCGCGGAGGUCCUACCCUCUGAGGCUAGCCGGCAGCUCGUGAUGUACGUGACGAUGGAGCCGUGUGGGAAGCGACUAUCCGGAAACCAGCCCUGCGUGCAGCGUAUCGUCGACACGCGACGGGGGGAUCGCCGGGGGAUCGAAAAGGUAUAUUUUGGGGUGAAGGAGCCGGAGACGUUUGUGGGGGCGUCCGAGUCUUGUCGGCGGUUGACGGAUGCGGGGAUCCAGUGGCGGGUGGUGCAGGGUCUCGAGAAAGAUAUUUUGUCUGUUGCGACGGCGGGGCACGAGCAUAGCGAGGAGGAAGUCCGGGCUGCGUUGGAUAAGGUCGAGACGAGGCUGGAUGAUGUUAGUGAGGACGAGCGGGAGAGACAGCGGCGGGUGCCGAGGAAUCCGAAGAAGCGGAUGGUGGAGGUGGAUCUAUUGGGAUGAUUUUUCUUGCUUCCCUUUCGAUCAUAUUUGUGUUAUUUUCACUAUCUUCACCUUUCUUUAUCUCGAUAUCUUUGCGAGUAUGGUUGUUGUCUAUAGAGGGGUUGGCUUGGUGGGGUCACACAAUUGAGGUACUAACUGAGUCGCGCGACAAUGUAUAUGCAGAUACCCAAUGGUUGAACACCUUAUUUCGCAUCUUAUCCAGAAACAGAAUCAAUCAUCAA